UCCCGCCCAUUCACGCGUUUCCUAGGAAGUACUCGAGCUUGUCCCACACGCUUUCGAUUCAAAGAUUGUCAGAAUCUGCAUUUUUACCACCAUGGAUGAAAACAAAACAGGCAUCUUCCUUAUAACUGGAGGAGGAGGUUAUUUUGGAUUCCGUCUUGCCUGCGCCCUUCUCAAAAACUCCUCAAAAGUCGUGCUUUUUGAUGUGAGGCCCCCGAGUCAGGAGUUGCCAGAAGGUAUCGUAUUUACACAGGCAGAUAUCCGUGACUACACACAGGUGGAGAAAGCUGUCCAGGGCGUUCAUUGUGUGUUCCACGUUGCCUCCUAUGGGAUGUCGGGACGAGAGCAACUCAAGAGCAAACUAAUCGAAGAAGUGAACGUACAAGGAACGGAGAACGUUCUCCGGGCAUGCGUGGCACACAGCGUCCCUCGACUGGUUUAUACAAGCACAUAUAAUGUAGUGUUUGGUGGUCAGGUGAUAAGGGACGGUGAUGAAAGUUUGCCUUAUUUGCCCUUACACCUCCACCCUGAUAACUAUUCCAGGACUAAGUCUGUAGCUGAAAUGCUGGUGUUAAAAGCCAACGGUUCACCACUGAAAGAUGCCACAGGGGUUCUACGGACCUGUGCCUUGCGUCCAGCUGGCAUUUAUGGCCCUGGGGAGCAAAGACAUUUGCCUAGAAUAGUCAGUUAUAUUGAAAAAGGCAUCUUUAGGUUUGUAUAUGGGGACCCUGAUAGUCUUGUAGAGUUUGUUCACGUGGAUAAUCUGGUGUCCGCACACCUAUUGGCAGCCGAAGCGUUAACUGAAAAGCGUCAACACCGUGCUGCCGGUCAACCCUAUUUCAUCUCUGACGGAAGACCCGUCAACAACUUUGAGUUUUUUCGGCCUCUCGUGGAGGGACUGGGAUACAGCUUCCCAACACUUCGGGUUCCGAUAUCUCUUAUAUACCUGUUUGCAUUCCUGACUGAGAUGGUUCACUAUGUCAUUGGUCAGAUCUAUAAUUUCCAGCCUCUCCUGACCCGUACGGAAGUCUACAAGACGGGUGUCACCCAUUACUUCAGUAUGCGCAAGGCACAAGAAGAGCUGGGAUACGAGCCCAAAAAGUAUGACCUGGAAGAGGUUGUGCAGUGGUUUCGAAUCAGAGGUCACGGCAAGAUGCGCAGACAGUCACCAAUAAAGAACCUAAUUUUAGAUGUUGUGAUCGUUGUAGCCUUUGCAGCAGUGAUUCUCUCUUUGCUUCCUGUUGUGGGACAAUAAAACAUGCAACUUUAGUGCCUCUAUAAUGAAUAAAUUAGAACUUACAUUGACUUGACUGAAUAAACUUGUGGAUGAGAGAGAAACUAGCAUCCUCGAAUAAGCUAAACAAAAAUAAAUAUUUUUUAAAUUCUCCAAUAAUUUCUACUUCUUCGUGUGCAAUGUGCUAAAUAAAGUUGUCUUUAAUUUUUUGUUCACGAUGAAUGUUUAAACCACAAGAUUUGGAGGCCAAAAUGUACUUGAGAACUUAUUAAUAUUUGGCAUUUCCCCCUUUGGUUUAAUGAUAUAAUGCACUUAAGCUGGCUAGCAACCUGAUGAUCCAUAAAAACUACCAUGAUUUGAAAAUGUUUCUAAACUAUAGUGUUUAUGUUAGUUAAUGCAUUGACUAAUGUUAACAAAUACAACCUUAUUUUAAGUGUUAUGCCAUUACUUUUGUGUUUCACCAAUUUUUUAUAUUUUUAAAAAUAUUCAUGUUAUGGGUUAAAGUGGGAAAAGCUUUCAUUUUAUUGUGCUCCGUUUAAAAUGUACAAGAUUAAGAUGGUUAAUAAUAAAUGAAAAUCUCUUUUGUGGAAUGACAAAAAGUUUGUAUUUUUAACAAAAAAACAUUCAAACAUUC